CGACCAGAAUCACGUGGUUGAGAGAUGUAAACAAACGCAGAAUGGCGUCAUUGAGUGCAAUAAAGUCAUUUUGUUGCUGAGAAACAGAGAAAAUCAGUCUUGCGAUUUGCAAGAAGAUCCUGCACAAGAUGUCAUUUACUCGUGAGUGAGCGGAUGUUAAGAAGACCGAAACUGACAGUGUUGUUAUUGCUUGGUCUGGUAGCCGAGUUAGCCAAGUUGGGCGUCGAACAGCAGACCAUAAUGACUUUAUAUCACUGGAUUUAUUAUACCAGGAGUUCCGCCGAGAGCCACGAUGAAUAUAUUUCCGUAGAUAUAAGAUGUCUGGAUGAGCAAGCAAUGUGGUGCAGGAGGUGCUGAAUCAUGCAAACAUGGACGGAAACUCAAAAGUCCAGCAGCAGAGUACUGAAACAGUACUGCGGACUGUACAAGAGGCAGUACAGUCCAGGCAAGUACACGCCAUAAACAAUUGAUCCUUAUUGUAGUCUACGCAGUGUAUAUGAUGUUAAUAAUUAUUGUUAUCGGGGGCAGCAGCGGCAGACAAGAGGCGACAGCGUUCACUCAGCCCCCGGAUGUGGAUUCUCCCCAUACAUAAAACAAAGACAGAGCUAAGGACUUAGUAAUUUUCCAGACAGGAAUGGUGGGCUAUCCAGAGGCUCUGACCGAUCCUUCAUACAAAGCUCAGAUACUGACUUUAACCUACCCUCUGAUUGGGAACUACGGUGUGCCCAGUGACGUUGACGGUGAAUUUGGACUCAGCAAGUGGUUUGAAUCUGCCAGGAUCCAUGCUGCUGCUCUAAUAGUUGGGGAAGUUUCUCAGAAUCCCAGCCACUGGAACUCCAACAAGUCUCUUGAUGAGUGGCUAAAAGAGCACAGGAUCCCUGGCCUACAGGGAGUCGACACUCGCGCUUUGACCAAAAAGAUCCGGGAAAAGGGAACCAUGCUCGGUAAACUGGUGAUGGAAGGAACACCAGAAGACAGCAUUCCUUUUAAUAAUCCAGAUACUCAGAACUUGGUGAAAGAAGUGUCUAUGAGAGAACCCAGGCUUUUCAAUCCGGAUGGCAAUGUCAGGAUCCUCACAGUGGACUGCGGUAUUAAGUACAAUCAGAUCCGCUGCUUGUGUGAGAGAGGUGCACAGGUCACUGUGGUGCCGUGGGAUUACCCUCUGAAUGCCGACGACUUCGACGGACUGUUUAUCAGUAACGGUCCCGGUGACCCCAACCACUGCAAGGAGACUAUAGAAAAUCUGAAAAAGAUUGUCUGUGUGGAAAAACCCAAACCUGUCUUUGGAAUUUGUUUGGGUCAUCAGCUGCUGUCGUUGGUUAUUGGUGCCAAGACGUACAAAAUGAAAUACGGGAACCGUGGCCAUAACCAGCCUUGCAUACAUAAAGGCACAGAACGUUGCUUCAUCACAUCUCAGAACCAUGGAUUUGCAGUGGAUCCUCUGAGCCUUCCGGAUGACUGGGACGUUCUCUUUACCAACGCCAAUGACCACACUAACGAGGGCAUUGUGCACAACUCUAAACCUCUUUUCAGCGUACAGUUCCAUCCUGAGCAUAUGGCUGGACCCACUGACCUUGUGAGCCUUUUCGAUGUUUUUCUGGAUGUCGUCCGUGAUGCAAAAGAAAACAAAGUUGGAAAGCCAGUAAAGGAGAGGCUGACUGAACAUCUCACCUUCCCUGGAUCUCCAAAACCUGAGGAAUUUGUACGUCCCCGCAAAGUGCUCAUUCUGGGAUCUGGAGGACUCUCCAUUGGUCAGGCUGGAGAAUUUGAUUAUUCUGGCUCUCAGGCAAUUAAAGCUCUGAAAGAAGAGAACAUCCAGACUAUUCUCAUCAACUCUAACAUCGCCACAGUGCAAACCUCCAAAGGCCUCGCUGACAAAGUGUACUUCCUUCCCAUCACCCCAGACUACGUCACACAGGUGAUCAAGAACGAGCGUCCUGACGGAGUGCUUCUGGCUUUCGGAGGUCAGACGGCACUAAACUGUGGAGUGGAACUGACCAAGCAGGGCGUCCUGGAGAAGUAUAAUGUCAGAGUUUUGGGAACCCCAGUGGCCUCCAUAGAGAUGACCGAAGACCGGAAGAUCUUUGUGGAGAAAAUGGAGGAGAUCAACGAGCAUGUUGCACCAAGUGAGGCGGCGAUGUCUGUGGAACAGGCAGUCGCUGCUGCCGAGAGGCUCGGUUAUCCGGUGCUGAUCCGCUCUGCCUUUGCGCUCGGUGGCCUGGGCUCCGGUUUCGCUAACAACAAAGAAGAAUUGAUCACAUUAGUCAUGCAAGCCUUUGCCCACACAUCCCAAGUCCUGGUGGACAAGUCCCUCAAAGGUUGGAAAGAAAUCGAGUACGAAAUCGUACGAGAUGCUUACGACAACUGCAUCACGGUCUGUAACAUGGAGAACAUUGACCCUCUCGGAAUUCACACCGGGGAGUCUAUAGUCGUGGCUCCGAGUCAGACGCUGAACGAUUACGAGUACAACAUGCUGAGAAGCACCUCCAUCAAGGUUAUCCGGCACCUGGGAAUUGUUGGCGAGUGCAACAUUCAGUACGCCGUCAACCCAGAGUCUGAGCAGUACUACAUCAUUGAGGUGAACGCCCGUCUCUCCCGGAGCUCCGCCCUGGCUAGUAAAGCCACAGGAUACCCGCUGGCCUACGUCGCAGCUAAGCUUGCUUUAGGAAUCCCUCUCCCUGUCCUCAAAAAUUCUGUGACCAACUCCACAACGGCAAACUUUGAGCCAAGUCUUGACUACUGUGUUGUGAAGGUUCCUCGCUGGGAUCUGAGCAAGUUCCUUAGGGUUAGCACCAAAAUUGGCAGUUCCAUGAAGAGUGUUGGGGAGGUGAUGGCCAUUGGACGCAGCUUUGAGGAGGCUUUCCAGAAAUCUCUCAGGAUGGUAGAUGAGAACUGCGCUGGAUUUGACCAUACCAUCAAACCAGUUUCUGAACAGGAGCUUCAGAUUCCCACAGACAAGCGUAUCUUCGUGCUGGCUGCAGCCAUGUAUGCAAACUACAGCAUAGAUCAUCUGUACGAGCUGACCAAAAUUGACCGCUGGUUCCUGCACAAGAUGAAAAACAUCAUAGAUCACGAGAAGCUCAUGGAAACAUACAAUAAGGACGAAAGCACGAUGCCACCUGAGGUGAUGAGAAGAGCAAAGCAGUUGGGCUUCUCAGACAAGCAGAUCGCUCUAUCUGUGCAAAGCACCGAGCUGGCUGUGAGGAAGCUAAGGCAUGACUGGAAGAUUUUGCCCAUGGUUAAGCAGAUCGACACCGUGGCUGCUGAAUGGCCUGCUCACACGAACUACCUUUAUCUGACUUACCACGGCAUGGAAAGCGACGUCACCUUCGAAGAACCUCACGUCAUGGUGAUCGGCUCCGGGGUCUACCGCAUCGGCAGCAGCGUGGAAUUCGAUUGGUGUGCCGUGGGUUGCAUUAAAGAGCUCAGAAAGAUGGGUUAUAAGACGAUAAUGGUGAACUACAAUCCCGAAACUGUCAGCACCGACUACGACAUGUGCGACAGGCUCUAUUUUGACGAGAUCUCCUUUGAGGUGGUGAUGGACAUCUACGAGAUGGAGAACCCCGAGGGUGUGAUUCUUUCCAUGGGAGGCCAGCUCCCCAACAACAUCGCCAUGUCUUUGCACAGGCAGCAGUGCCGCAUCCUGGGCACCUCGCCUGAGUUUAUCGACUCCGCCGAGAACCGCUUUAAAUUUUCUCGUAUGUUGGACACCAUCGGAAUCAGCCAACCUCGCUGGAAAGAGCUCUCUGAUACCGAGUCAGCUAUGCAGUUUUGUGAGACGGUGGGCUACCCAUGCCUAGUGAGGCCGUCCUACGUGCUCAGCGGAGCUGCAAUGAACGUGGCGUACUCUGACAGCGACCUUGAGAAGUAUUUGAGCAGCGCCGUCGCCGUGUCUAAAGAACACCCUGUUGUCAUCUCCAAAUUUAUCCAGGAGGCCAAGGAGAUCGACGUGGACGUAGUAGCAUGUGACGGCGUGGUCAUUGCUAUCGCUGUUUGUGAGCACGUUGAGAAUGCUGGAGUGCAUUCCGGAGACGCUACGCUGGUCACGCCACCGCAGGACAUCAACCAGAAGACCAUGGAGCGCAUUAAAUUGAUUGUGCAUGCCAUCGGCCAGGAGCUACAGGUCACGGGGCCAUUUAACUUGCAGCUCAUCGCCAAGGACGACCAGUUGAAAGUGAUCGAGUGCAAUGUACGAGUGUCACGCUCCUUCCCUUUUGUCUCCAAAACCCUGGGCGUAGAUCUCGUGGCUUUGGCAACGCAGGUCAUUAUGGGACAGGAAGUGGAAGAUGUGGGACUCAUGAAGGGGAACGGAGUCGUGGGAGUUAAGGUCCCACAGUUCUCCUUCUCUCGGCUGGCCGGAGCAGACGUCGUACUGGGAGUGGAAAUGACCAGCACGGGCGAGGUGGCCUGCUUCGGUGAGAACCGCUACGAGGCGUACCUGAAAGCCAUGCUCAGUACGGGCUUCAAAAUCCCGAAGGAGAACAUUCUCCUUUCCAUCGGCAGCUACAAGAAUAAAAGUGAGCUGCUGCCUACAAUUAAGGCUUUGGAGAGUCUUGGCUAUAACCUGUAUGCCAGCUUGGGCACCGCUGACUUCUACACUGAGCAUGGCAUCAAAGUGAUGUCUGUGGAUUGGCCUUUCGAGGAGGAAAGUGACUGCCCCAACAAGGACAAGCAGAGGAACAUCAUGGACUACUUGGAGGAGAACCACUUUGACAUGGUGAUCAACCUGUCCAUGAGGAACUCUGGAGGACGCCGACUGUCCUCUUUUGUCACCAAAGGGUACCGUACACGUCGCAUGGCCGUGGAUUACUCUGUACCUCUGAUCAUCGAUAUCAAGUGCACCAAGCUCUUUGUUCAGGCGUUGAGACAGAUUGGCCGGGCUCCUCCGGUCAAGACUCACAUUGACUGCAUGACCUCCCAGAAACUCAUCCGUUUACCUGGUCUCAUUGAUGUCCACGUGCACCUGCGAGAGCCUGGUGCCACCCACAAGGAGGAUUUCUCCUCGGGCACAGCUGCCGCCCUGGCAGGAGGUAUUACCAUGGUGUGUGCCAUGCCCAACACCAACCCUGCUGUAAUCGACCCCAACUCUCUAGCCCUGGUCCAGAAGCUGGCAAAGGCAGGAUGUCGAUGCGAUUACGCGCUAUACGUCGGCGCCGUUUCGGACAACGCGACCAUUCUGCCGUCCAUUGCGAAUGCCACGGUUGGUCUGAAGAUGUACUUGAACGAUACUUACUCCACAUUAAAAAUGGACAACGUUUCCUUGUGGAUGGAGCAUUUUGAAAAGUGGCCGAAGCACUUACCCAUAGUGGCUCAUGCAGAGAGGCAGACAGUGGCUGCUAUUCUGAUGGUGGCUCAACUCUACCAGAGACCCGUGCACAUUUGCCAUAUUGCCAAAAAAGAGGAGAUUCUUAUCAUCAGAGCUGCAAAGCAGAAGGGCGUCCAGGUGACGUGUGAAGUAGCACCUCAUCACCUCUUCCUGUGUGACGACAACGUGUCCCUUCUCGGGGACGGCAGGGCUGAGGUACGGCCCAUGCUGGGCACUCGAGAGGACAUGGAGGCGCUGUGGGAAAAUUUGGAUAUCAUCGAUUGUUUUGCCACCGAUCAUGCUCCUCAUACGGUGGCUGAGAAGGACUCAGAAAAACCUCCACCAGGAUACCCAGGCCUUGAGACCAUGCUGCCGCUGCUGCUCACUGCCGUUAGCGAAGGCCGUCUCACCGUCGAUGACAUCAUCAAGCGGCUGUACGAGAACCCGGCUCGGAUUUUCUCUCUUCCUCCACAGGAGAAUACCUAUGUGGAGGUGGAUUUGGAGCAAGAGUGGAUCAUCCCGAAGCACAUGCAGUUCACCAAGUCAAAGUGGACUCCGUUCGAGGGCAUGAGGGUGAAGGGGAAAGUGAUGCGCGUGGUGCUGAGAGGAGAGCUUGCGUACAUUGAUGGACAGGUGCUGGUGCCUCCUGGUUACGGUGAGGAUGUGAGGACGUGGGCAUCAGUUCCUAGUCAGUCAUCAGUCUCUGAAACACCCAAAGAUAUGCAGAAGACCCCUGAGCAUCCCAGGCAUGCGACUCCCAGUGAAUCUCUGCGUACUCGAGCUGCGAGUCCACGCCGCUCAGCCGGAGACCGUUUCAUGCUUCCACCUCGAGUCUAUCACACUUCUGAUCCAGGCCUGCCACCAGAAUUAGCUUCGGUCUCAGAGGCGUGCUCCCUCCCUCCUCCUCUAGCCAGAAUCCUGUCGCCCCAGACGAGCCAGGCUCCGAUCGUGUCUCACCUUCAGACCUCGCCUUUGCUUCACCCUUUAGUGGGUCAACACAUCCUUUCUGUACGCCAGUUUACCAAGGAGCAGAUGUCCCACUUGUUCAACGUGGCUCACACGCUUCGUUUAAUGGUUCAGAAAGAACGGAGCCUGGACCUCCUGAAGGGUAAGGUCAUGGCCUCCAUGUUCUACGAGGUAAGCACUCGAACCAGCAGCUCUUUUGCUGCGGCGAUGCAGCGUCUCGGUGGCUCCGUCGUGCACUUCAGUGAAUCCACUUCCUCCACACAGAAGGGCGAGUCACUCGCCGACUCGGUACAGACCAUGUGCUGCUACACUGAUGUGAUUGUGCUGCGCCACCCGGUGCCUGGAGCUGUAGAGAAAGCUGCAAAGCAUUGUCGCAGGCCGGUGAUCAACGCCGGCGAUGGAGUUGGGGAACAUCCCACUCAGGCCCUGCUAGAUAUCUUCACCAUCCGAGAAGAGCUUGGAACCGUCAAUGGCAUGACUAUCACUAUGGUGGGCGACCUGAAGCACGGCAGGACGGUGCACUCCUUAGCUAGACUGCUAACCCAGUAUCGCAUCACGCUGCGCUACGUUUCCCCAAAGAACCUCAGCAUGCCUCAUGAGAUCGUAGACUUCGUUGCAUCCAAAGGCAUUAAGCAGGAUGAGUUCAGCAGUAUUGAAGAGGCUCUUCCUGAUACUGACGUCCUUUAUAUAACACGCAUUCAGAAAGAGCGCUUCGCAUCUGAUGAUGAGUACAAUGCAUGCUUCGGGAGGUUUAUUUUGACUCCUCACAUCAUGACAGGGGCCAAGAGGAAAAUGGUGGUCAUGCAUCCACUUCCAAGAGUGAAUGAAAUUAGCGUGGAGGUGGAUACAGAUCCUCGCGCCGCUUACUUCCGCCAGGCGGAGAACGGUAUGUACAUCCGGAUGGCACUUCUAGCCACGGUGCUCGGGCGCUGAAACAUCUUUAGAGUGAAAUCAGGACCUUGACGGUGAAUCUGAGUCUUGCUCCUGGAAGAAUCCUUUAGUUUAUUAUUACUUUACUUUAAUGCUAUUUCAGUAGUUAAAUACACAGUCACAAUGUUACUUUAUCUACUGUAACUGCUGUACUUUUUCUGGAAAAAAUGAGUAAAAAUACUUAGUGAGCUUAAAAACCUGAGACGUUUUCAGGACAUGUGAGUAAGGAGUACAAAGAACUCGUUAACUCUAUGUAAUGGAUCUGUAAAAAAAAAAGGGUGAGCAGUGGAACAAGGGAAAAUAUAACUGCUUUAUAUUUUUUGAUAAUAAAACUCCUUUUCAGUCUC